UUUCCGGGGAUUCAGCAGCAUUACAGGCAGCUAACGGUAUAAGCAAAUGACUUGUAUCUAGAUUAGUAAAUACAUAUUGUAUUUACUAAGACAAACUGGAUAGAAAUUAACUGACCAAAGAAAGCAUUAAACCGCACGGUCAGGCUGUCUGAGGUCAAACUUCAGAUUUUCUCAGCACCAUGGGAGAAUAUUACCAUGUUUUAGGCGUGCAAAGAAAUGCAUCUCAAGAGGACAUUAAAAAAGCAUACAGAAAACUUGCUCUCAAGUGGCACCCUGAUAAAAACCCAGACAACAAGGAUGAGGCAGAGCGAAGGUUCAAGGAGAUUUCAGAGGCCUAUGAGGUCCUUUCAGAUGCCAACAAAAGAAAAACAUAUGACUGCUAUGGUAAAGAAGGCUUAACAGCAGGUGGUGGUGGUAGAGCAGGUGGACAUUACUCCAAUGGUGACCACUUUACUGGAGGCUUUACAUUCCGCAAUCCAGAAGACGUGUUCAGGGAAUUCUUUGGGGGACGUGAUCCAUUUGCAGAUUUCUUUGGUGGAGACCCUUUCGGUGACGACUUCUUUGCCGACGACUUCUUUGGUGGCCGGAGGCACCAUCGGGGCGUGAGUCGGAGUCGGACAGCAGGGCCCUUCUUCGGGGGAUUCGGGGGAUUUCCACCGUUUGGCGCAGGAUUUUCAGCCUUUGAACCAAGCUUCUCUCCCUUUGGGGCAAUAGGACACGUGGGGCACAUGGGACACAUGGGACAUAUGGGGCACAUGGGGCACAUGGGUGGAGGCUUCACCUCCUUCUCCUCCACCUCUUUCGGAGGAGGCGGGGGCGGCGGCGGCGGAGGCAUGGGCGGCUUCCGCUCCGUGUCCACCUCCACCAAAUUCGUCAACGGCAGGAAAAUCACCACAAAAAGGAUAAUAGAGAAUGGACAGGAACGGGUGGAGGUGGAAGAGGACGGCCAGUUAAGAUCUGUGACCAUUAAUGGGAAAACCGAGGGGCUGGCCCUGGAAGAGGGGCACAGGAGCAAGGAGGAAGCGCGCCCUGGCUCCUCCUCCUCAUCCCAGCAGAGCUCCAGGAGUUCUGUAGCCGAGCGGCCCGCUCCCAAGGUGGAGCAUCAACACCAGCAUCAGCACCAACAUCAGCAUCAGCACCAGCAUCACCACCAGCAUCAUCAGCACCAGCAUCAGCACCAGCAUCAGCACCAGCAUCACCACCAACACCAGCAUCAGCCUAGCCCAGCCAGGGGACGAGUGGACAUGAAAAGAAAGAAGCCCGUGGAGCAGGACGGAGGGAAGAAGCACAAGGCAGUAUGACCCCCCCGUCCCGGUCCCAGUCCCACUGAUGCGUACGGGAGAGCCGGUGGCAGGAUGCAGGUGGACUUCUAUGCUGCUCGUCUCAAUGCACCUCACCUGAUGUUGCAAACACAUGUAUUGAGUGCACUUUCUCCAGUCAGGUAACUGCAAGAUCUCAACCUGUGGCCUACAUAACACUACAUAUCAAUGGUUUUAACAAGAUGCUGGAAGUAUGUCUUAAAUAUGAAGAUGUAUGAAGUCCCUGCCGACUCAGAGUACAGAUCAACUUUUGAAAUUGAAACUUAGAGAUUAGUGCACUCUGGCACUUGAAUUUUCAGAGGGGGGGGAAUAUAAACCUUGUGGCUGACUUGCUAUAUCCUUCACUGGGGUCUUGGAAAAGACUCUUUUCAUUUAUCCAUUUGCUUUACUGUAGCAUAAACCUUGGGAACUAGACAACUGGCAUUACAUUAGGCCGUGUGGCUUCAGUAAGGGCCUGUCAUGUGGUGCACCAUUAAAAACUGCAGCCUGACUAUUUUUCUUCAUCUUAUGUUGUGUAACCUUUAUUACAUCAAUUUAAAGAGGUUUUACACUGUCUUUUGUUCUAUUUAUAGAAUGAUUAAUAAAUAUUUUCACCUUUGACAGAA